UUGUCGUCCGCGAUGAUAAGCGAUUCUGACCGGCACGACGCCCCGCGAUAGACCGGCCUCUCUCUCUCACACACCAUAUAUAAAUAAAGCCAAGUUAGCAGCGGUGUUUUAGUCUGACCAAAUCCCUAGCACCAGUUAGAAGAUAUCAACAGCGCAUCCAGCCCUCGAACCAUGCCGGACUACAAGGUGUACUACUUCAACGUGAAGGCCCUCGGCGAGCCGCUGCGUUUCCUGCUGUCCUACGGCAACCUGCCCUUCGAUGACAUCAGAAUCACCCGCGAGGAAUGGCCAGCGCUGAAGCCGACGAUGCCGAUGGGACAGAUGCCGAUACUGUCGGUGGACGGCAAAAAGGUGCACCAGUCGGUGGCCAUGUCGCGCUACCUGGCCAAACAGGUCGGCCUGGCCGGGGCCGACGAUUGGGAAAAUCUCAUGAUCGACACCGUCGUCGACACCGUCAACGACUUCCGCCUGAAGAUCGCGGUCGUCUCGUACGAACCCGACGAUGACGUCAAGGAGAAGAAACUGGUCACCCUCAACAACGAGGUCAUUCCGUUCUAUCUGGAAAAGCUGGACGAUAUCGCCCGCGACAACAACGGCCACCUGGCCAACGGCAAACUAACCUGGGCCGAUCUGUACUUUGUGGGCAUCCUGGACUACCUCAACUACAUGACCAAGUCCGACCUGGUCGCGAACCACCCGAACCUGCAGCGUCUGGUCGACAACGUGACCAGCAUCGACUCGAUCGCGGCCUGGAUCGCCAAGCGACCGCAGACCGAUACGAUGCCGAUGGGCCAGAUGCCGGUGCUGGAGGUCGACGGCAAGCGCGUGCACCAGUCGCUGGCCAUGUGCCGCUACGUCGCCAAGCAGGUCGGCCUGGCCGGCGCCAAUCCGCUGGAGGAGCUGCAGAUCGAUGCGAUUGUUGAUACCAUCAACGACUUCCGUCUAAAGAUUGCCAUCGUUGCCUACGAGCCGGACGACAUCGUCAAGGAGAAGAAGAUGAUCACCCUGAACAACGAGGUGAUUCCGUUCUACCUGACGAAGCUGAACGUGAUCGCGAAGGAGAACAGUGGCCACCUGGUGCUGGGCAAGACGACCUGGGCCGACGUGUACUUUGCCGGUAUUGUCGACUACCUCAACUACCUGACCAAGAUCAAUCUGCUCGAGAACUUCCCGAACCUGCAGGAGUGCGUCACCAAGGUGCUCGAGAACGACAACAUCAAGGCGUACAUCGCCAAGAGACCCAUCACCGAGGUCUAAGCACAGUCUCUCGCCCUAUCACUGCAAACUAUAAACUCUCUGUCCACAUCUCUGAAACAAUACUUUCACAAAACUAGGGUAAGUUGCGCGUAGGAUCGUAACCGGAACCAACCAACCAAAUUGGUGGCAUCUUUUAAAAAUUGUAUUUCUCAUAAUUGACAAUGUGUACAUCUCCACGUGUAAAGAAAAUAACAAAUGGUCAACAAUCUAGCAUGUAAUUCAAACAAACAAACUGUAGCGUAGCGUUUAAAAUGUGUAUAGAAAAUAUUUUAAGUUGAGGUCGAGCGUGUGAUCAUCGGAAGAUCAAUGGUUCGAGCGAAUAAUAAACAAGUACAACAAGUCCA